UAAAUCACAAGUGGAAAGAGAUUACCAUAUUAAACAAAUAUUCAUUGAUUUUUAACACUUCAAUAAUAUUUUUUUUCUUUCUAUAUGAUAUCAUCAUAAAUCUUACAAUAAGUUUUUUAGUGGGUGUCUUGUAAUAUUGAACAAUCAUUUUUGAAUUUUCAUAACCAAAUUUAAUCUCAAAAGAAUACAAAAUGCCGCGCCCGUCUUAAGGGCUAAGGCUUCUCAGUCCUCUAAAAAUUUCUAGAGUCUCUUUCUUCACUUUCUUCCUCCACAUGGCAGAGACACCAACCCUCAGAAUCCACGAAGUCUGCCCCAUCUCGCCGCCACAAGAAACCCCAUCAACCACUAUUCCCUUCACCUUCUUCGACGUCCUAUGGCUACGCCUCCCCCCAGUGGAGCGUCUGUUCUUCUAUUCCUUCCCAAACCCAACAACAACCUCUUCAUUCUUCGACACCACCAUUCUCCCAAAUCUCAAACACUCCCUCUCCCUCACUCUCCACCACUUCCCUCCUCUCGCCGGCACCAUCACAUGGCCACUUCACACACCCCUCCCCCUCAUCACCUACACCCCCGGAAACUCAAUCCCCUUCAGAAUCGCCGAAUCCAACGCAGACUUCAACACCCUCUCUUCAAACCUCUCAGAAGUUAACAACCACCGCCGAAACCUAAUACCCCACUUACCCACUUCCCACGAAGAAGCUUCGGUGUUAGCCCUUCAACUCACCCACUUCCCAAACCAAGGCUAUUCGAUAGGAAUAACAAGCCACCACGCAGCACUUGAUGGAAAGUCUUCAACUUUGUUCAUGAAAUCGUGGGCGCAUAUUUGUUCUUACCUCAAUACCUCACCGGAAGAACCGUUGCUGUUUUCACUACCGAAGCAUCUAACACCUUCGUUUGAUAGAUCUGUCAUAAGAGACCCUUUGGGGAUCGGUGAGAUUUACGCGAAGUCGUGGACGAGCUUCGGUGGAGCCACCAAUGACCGAAGCUUGAACGUGUGGGAUACCCUCGGUGGAAAUCAAACCGAUUUGGUUAAAGGAUUGUUUGAGUUGACACCGUUGGAUAUCAAGAAGCUGAAGAAGUUAGCGGAGUCCAAGUUUGUUGUCGGAGACAACAAGAAGAAAGUUAGGGUGACAUCAUUUACGGUCACGUGCGCUUACCUGUUGUCAUGCGCGGUGAAAGCGGAGCAACCCAACUGCGAAAGAGUGCCUUUUGUCUUCAACGUGGACUGUAGGGCGCGUUUGGACCCCCCAAUUCCGGAAACGUACUUCGGGAACUGCGUCGUGGCUUUGUUGGCUUCGGCCAAGCGAGAAGAGCUUUUGGGGGAAGAAGCGUUUUUCAAAAGCGUUAUAGGGAUAAGCGAGGAGUUGAACGGGUUAGAGGGUGACGUGUUGAACGGCGCGGACAAAUGGAUUCCGAAGAUUCAAUCGGUGGUAUCGGAGACUCCUAGGUUGUUCUCCGUCGCCGGGUCCCCGAGGUUUGAGGUUUACGGCAUUGACUUUGGGUGGGGAAGGCCUGAGAAAGUGGAUGUCACAUCCGUUGAUAAAACGGGUGCGUUUUCGCUCUCGGAGAGUAGGGAUCAUAGUGGAGGGAUUCAAAUUGGGUUGGCGUUGACCAAGAAUCAAAUGGAGGCGUUUUCUAGGGUUUUUGCUCAAGGACUUGAGUCCUUGGAAUCAUGAUGAUGAGGAAUCUUUGGUGAGAGAAAGAGGUUAGUGGCUCAAUCAAAUAAGUUUCAAUAAUUUAAGGGGUUAUUGUUAGUAUCUGAGUAUUUAUAUAUCAUGAGAUAAGAUACUUGAGUUCACUACUCCAAAAAAUAAGAGUCCAUCUACCUUUUUGUUUCAAGUAGUUUACUCCAGUAAAUCAGAUUAUAUCAAAUCUCCUUUUAAUAUAGUGUGUCACGAGAGGAACUAAUUUUAUGGUAAACGAAUACUUAAGAUUAGUUCUUUUCAUUUUUCAAUAGUACUUCCUCCCAUUAUAAGAAAAGCUAUUAUUGGUAGUCAUUAGACAUAA